AUGUCAAGUGUUGUACAAGAAAAGAAUAUUAAAUUAGGAAUCACACUCUAUCAGCAGAAGAAGUUUAACGAGGCCGAAAAGUUAUUUCGGCAAACCUUAGCUGAGGCGGAAAGCACAUGUGCACUGGACAAUGCAGAUACGCUUAAGACAAGGUAUUGGCUAGGGAGUGCACUUUACGAGCAGGAGAAGUACAUUGAAGCCGAGGAAGUACUCCAGCAAGCAGUACACGAGCAUGAAAGAAUUCUUGGACCAGACAAUUUGGGCACGCUUGAAUCACAGUACUGGCUUGGGAGUACUCUCUUCGAGCAGAAAAAGUACGAUGAAGCUGAGAAUGUGUUUCAACAAAACGCGCAUAGAUACGGGAGAAGCUUUGGACCAGACUAUAUAGGCACGCGCCAAACAAACCACUGGUUGGGAAUUACGCUCUACGAGCAGAAAAAGUACGAGAAAGCUGAAGAAGUGUUCCGAAAAGCAGUGCAUCAAGAUGAGAAAGGCUUUGGACCGGAUUAUCUGGGCACUCUUGCUGCAAAGCACUGGCUGGGAAUUACGCUUCACGAGCAGCAGAAGUAUAGUGAAGCGGAGGAGGUGCUCCGACAGAUAGUGCCUAGGCACGAGAGAAUAUUAGGACCAGACGAUCCAGCUACGCUUGAUACAAACUAUUGGCUGGGAAAGGCGCUUUAUAAGCAAAAGAAGUACAGCGAAGCUGAAGGGGUGCUCUGCCAGGUAUUACAUGGCCAAGAGAGAACUUUCGGAAAAGAUGAUAGAAAGACACUU